AUCUGGCUCGGUUUUUAAGUGACAUCCGUACAAGUGCAUUUUAGGAUCAUCUAGACCGUUGGAUGGACUACAUGAUAAGUACAGUCGAUAUAUUCAUUUCUUGUUGACAAAAGAAGGCCGCUCCUCAUAAUCAAUUCAUUUCUUUCUCAAUGAGACUAAUUAAUUCAGCCAUUAAGUCUCCUUUUCGUCUACUAAAAAGACAAUUUUCAAGUCAAAUUCAAAUUUGUAUCAUUGGUAGUGGCCCAUCAGCAUUUUAUACUGCUCAGACCUUACUAAAAAACCAUCAAGGUGUACAUAUUGAUAUGUUUGAAAAACUUCCUUCGCCUUUUGGUCUAGUCCGUUAUGGUGUUGCUCCAGAUCAUCCUGAAGUAAAAAAUGUGAUAAAUACUUUUACAGAAGUUGCUAAGAAUACACGAUUUUCUUUCUUGGGCAAUGUUUGCAUUGGAAGAGAUAUUAUACUGAGAGAAUUACAAGAAGCUUAUUCAGUCAUUAUUUGGGUUUGCUUUUAUUUUCAUAGUAUGAUAAAUUUUCUAUUUUACAAGGCUUAUGGUACUGCUGUUGAUCGGCGUUUGGAUAUUCCUGGAGAGGUAUAUUCAUUUAAGAUAUCUGACAGAUAAAGGAUUUACCAGGUGUUUUGUCU